AUGGUCAUUUACAUGCCACCGCACUCAAAUUUCGACUCCUUAGAGAACAUGGUUUCAAUGUCUCAGAAGGUUAGCAUAUUUGAUGUGUUCAUCAACAAAAUGGAAGAUGGUACGUUUGAGAGUGGUGAUAUAAAAGGUCUCAUCUCUCUAUACGAAGCAUCUUAUCUUGCGACAAAAUCGGAUACUAAAUUGCAUAAAGUCGUUAGGGCUUAUGCAAACCAUCAGCUAAGAAAAUUUAUUGAUAAUCAUGAUCAUAAUAUUUACAAUAAAAAUUUCUUUGAGAUGGCCGUCGAAGGACUAGAGAUGCCGUACCAUUGGAGAAUGAAAAGGCUAGAAACAAAACGGUACAUAGAUGCGUACAGUAAACAUAAUGUCUUAAUUGAAUUCGCCAAAAUCGAUUUUAAUAUCGUACAAGCUGUUCAUCAAGAAGAACUCAAAGACCUCUCAAGCUGGUGGAGGGAGACUGGUUUGAGUAGUCAACUUCACUUUGUAAGAGACAGAAUAGUGGAGAAUUAUUUUUGGACUGUUGGACAAAUCCAAGAGCCUCAAUUUGGAUACGUUCGAAGAAUUAUAACUAAAAUAAAUGCACUCAUCACAACCAUUGAUGACAUCUACGAUGUAUAUGGCACUCUUGAUGAACUUCAACAAUUCACUACCAUGGUUGAAAAUUGGGAUAUAAAUCGGCUUGAUGAACUUCCCGAGUACAUGAAGCUGUGUUAUCUAGUAUUGUACAAUGAAACAAAUAGCAUUGGACGUGAUAUUCUCAAAGAUAAAAACAUUAAUGUGAUUCCUUUCCUAAAAAAAGCGUGGGAAGAUUUGUGUAAAGCAUAUCUAGUUGAAGCAAAGUGGCGCAAAAGAAAACACAAACCAAGUGUUGAAGAAUACAUGCAAAAUGCUUGGAUUUCAAUCUGGGCUCCAGCUUCAUUAGUCCAUUUUUACUGCGUCUUUUCCGACCAAAUCUCUGGUCAGGUCCUGGAGACUUUAUCCCAACACCAACAACACGUCGUCCGAUGCUCUGCCAUCGUGUUACGCCUAGCCAACGACCUUGCAACUUCGCCGGAUGAAUUGAAAAGAGGAGACGUUCUCAAAUCAAUCCAGUGUUACAUGAAUGAGACGGGAGCUUCCGAAGAGAAGUCGCGCGCGUACGUGCAGCAGAUGAUCAGCGACACAUGGAAUGAGAUGAAUUACGAGAUAAUUUCAAAUGAUUCCUCGCUAGUUCCUCGGGGUUUUAUGGAAGCUGCAAUAAACCUGGCACGCAUGUCGCAGUGCAUGUAUCAAUAUGGUGAUGGGCACGGCUCUCCCGACAAAGCAAAGACUAUUGAUCGUGUCUUGUCUUUAUUAGUUAAUCCCGUACACCUAGACUAA